AUGUUCUUUCGGACACUGCCCAUUAUUGCAGCCUUAGCAUUACCCAGGACUGCACUCUCGGAAGACGGGUCAUGCUUUCACCUAGAUGGCUCGCAGGCUACCGACCAUGUGCCAUGCUUCGGCAACGACACCCUCAGUCGAUGCUGCGGAUCAGAUCAGUUCUGCUUAACAAACCAGCUCUGUCUAGAUACUUCGGGCCCGGAGCCAGCGAAGAUAAGUCGUGGCUCAUGUUCAGAUCCCAAUUUUGGUCCUAGUUGUCCCUCCAUUUGCAAGGGAAUUAAUGAUGGGGAUGUGAUAGAGUUGAUAUCGUGUGGAGACCCGAAGAUGGGAGUUUUCUGCUGUGACGAGGGUAACAAGUUCGAAUGCUGCGACAGUCCAGCUAAACAACUCACACUUGGAUUUGGUAUCACACUCGCUGGAGACUUGGGCUCACCGACCGCAACGGCAAUGCCGUAUGCCCUGUCUACCUCAUCGGGCGAAUUGAACAAGCCACCAUUCCACACCCCUGCUGUUCACCAACCACCGCUCGCGCCAGCUCAAACCGAAUCUUCAACUUUCACAUCGCUGCCACAGCCUCCACCUCAGUUGUCCGUUGCUCAGUCUGCUCCGAGGCCGUGUUCAACUCCAUCUUUACCCAUACUUGCGCCGCCCCAAGAGUCAAUCAGUAGCAUGCCGAAUGCUUCACCUGCUGUGUCAAGCUGGUCAACCAGUCAGCCGUCGGCGCCAGCGCAGCCUUCCUCAAUCCUGCCGCCGCCACAGCCGGCCCCCCAAGGCUCGAUAAGUAGCUCGCCGAAAGCUUCAUCUGCUCCAUGCCUUCUAUCGUCUCAAUUGAACCAACCAUUGGUCCAAAGCUCUACUACUACUACUACUCAGCCUCGCCUGGCGCCGGUCCACACAUCUGUACAGAGUUCUUCCACUACGGUUCCGCAAACGUCUCUGGAUCCCAAGACGUCAGUUAUAACCGCUUCUCAAUCGGCUGUGGGCACAUCUCCUGCCACACCCGUGUCUUCUCCCCAUCGACGAACAAGAUCAUUCACUCCCGAGGAAUCGAGAGGGGGAGUCGCGAACCCCAAACCACAAACAACGUUAUAUCCGUCCUUGGCAUCAACUACAUCGAUCUCCGGGACUACAUCGAUUUCCGGGACUACAUCAAUCUCCAGCCCAUCCCCUGCCGAUUCUGCGAUUGCUGAUGCGACAGCGGGCAGUGUCAUCAUAUCUUCUCCCCCGAUUUCUAACGUUGCGAUCAUCAGCUCAACCGUAGGAGGUGCCAUCAUACUCUCCUUGCUUGGAUUUCUCGCGUACACGCUUCUUAAAAGACGGUCAGCGAAGCGGUACGAAGAAGGCGACGAGCGAGAGAGCCCCGGGAGCAGCAAUUAUACGGGUGGUUUGCAGAGCGCUUCGCCGGGGAAUUAUCGCAGCGGGCAGAACGAGAUCUCUGCAUUCGGUCUUCAGUACGAAAAGUCUCAUGGAGGCCCGAACCCGACGACCGUCGGGGCGCCACCGAUCAACAGUGGGAUGGCUGGACUUCGGAAUAACAGCACCAGGUCACAAACAGAGACGGAGGUCAUCAUGGUGGAAAUGGAUCGGAUUAAUGCGCUACGAUCGCCGGACUUCAACAGGCCCAUGGCGCCAGCACAGCAGAUGAAUGGCAUGGGGAACAUGGAGCAGAGGAUUGACGUUUCAUCCAAUGGUUACUACGGGAAACGGGAUUCCGACUGGAGCGUGCCAACAUCGAGGUUUGAGCAACAAGACGGAGCGAGCGGGCUCUACACCAGCGGGGUGUAUUCUAUCCCGCAGGGCGGGGAGAUGGUUAAUGGAACGAGACCCCAGGAUCCCGGGGAUCCGGGUUACGAGCGGCAGAGAAGUCCUGGUGGUGGACCGAUGAUCGCCACGCGAACCGCGGCCUGGAUUCCCAGUCCGGGCCUCGAGCGGCGAGUCCCGCAAGAUGCAAGCCGGGAUAGCUACAGCACGAUGAACAGCGAGAUGUUCGAGAAGCUGCUGUAUGAUGUCCAAAGUCAGCCAUUCUAG